AUGCUGUCUCCGCGCCGUGGCCGAGCCAGCCCGCUUGCCUCGGCCUCCCACAGCAGAGCGGGCGAACGAUUUGACAGUCGGAGAGCUGAUAUGGGGAAGAGACGCAUCGCGCUGGAGAUGCAGUUGCCCGUAAUUUUCAAACGUCCUGGCGAUACACUGCCUUCCUCGCGUGCGUUGCAGCCCAACUCGCCUUUCAUCGUGCCCGCAUUCCGCGCGUGUGUGUUCGACCCCGUAGCUGUCGCCGACGAGAAAGGGCCAUCCCCUUCGCUUCGCGUCUCCGCCUUCUGCUUGGUGUACGUGUCUGCGCGGCUGUUUGCGGUCGUUGUCUGCUUUUCAGCGUCGCCACAGUGCGCCUCGUCUUCGCCGGAGUUUGACGCGGCGUUGCAGUGGAAGCAUCUGCGCGAGAUUCGAGAGGAGCUCUACGACAUUCAGCAGAAAUGCGGCGUCGUGUCGUGGCCGCCGCCGGUGGCCUCGGAUGCAGAUUCCUCCACAGGGGACGAAGACGGCGAGCGCCUCGGCUGGAUGGUGCUUCUGCUCAAGCUCCAUCAGACCUUUGCGUCUCUGCUCUUUCCUCCCUCGUCACCCGGCGCGGCGGAAGGGGCCAGAGGAGGCAAGGCAUGCGACGCCGAGACUGGCAGCAACGCCGACACGUCGCCGAGGGACGCGGAAAGCCCUCGAUUUCCGUCGGACACGCCGAGCAUUCAAACCAACGAAUUCGAAAUCUCCUCGCUCUGGCAGCUGCUGCAGGCGGGGCCCGGAGGCGGCUCGACAGCCAACGGCAUUGGGGCGGCUGCGACAGGCGCCCGAGGCGCGGGCGCUGGAGGGACAGGGACGAUCUUUGGCGGCGCGCUGCUUCCAAGCAUGUCGGGUUUGCUGACGCGUCAGGAGUCCGUCGCAGAGACACUGGGGCGGUCGACGAGCGCGGGCGCGGCCCCCACGGCGGAUGCUUCGUAUCUGUCGGGCGCCGGCGCGCUGCCGCGCUCACCGUCGAUGUCCUCGUCCGGCGAGCAGGCCUUGGGGGUGUGCGACGCAAACGACGGCCAUCGACUCCCUUUCGACGUUCUGUUUGAGGUGCGGCGCGGCUGCUGGACUUCGGUCUGCCGCCGGCAGCAGGCGGCGCAGCUCCGGGAGCACCAGCAGCACCAGUCGCAGCUGGUUUCGAGUUUUCUGCACAGUCGGCCAAACAGCUUCCACAGCGGAGGCAACGGCAGCACGCCGAGCACCUCCGCCGGCGGGCCAGGCUCGACGUUCUCGUUCUCCUCGGGGUCGCCCAACGCGGGCGCUGGCAACGCCUCGGCGGCCUACGACACCUCAGGCGGAGUGGUGAGCAGCGGCGGCUUUGGCGGGCCUGUCCCGUUCAUCGCGCGCGCGCCGUGUGCGUUCUGCGCAGCCUCGCUUUCGCCGCUGAUUCGCUUCGAAGAGCACGUCGACCCGCGCGCGCCCUCGCAGCGGCGCCUGCUGGUCGUGCUGGUCAUCGACAGCGAAGUUCUGCACUUCUGCUGCUGCAGCGGAGGCCGCUUCGAGGCGUACUUCACUGCACUGAUGGCUCACCUCAUACUCGCAGGCUGCGAGGAGCUCCGGAAAACCCAGGCGGCGCCCGCAGGCGCCCCGGCGGCUCCCCCCCCCCCAGGGCGCAAGGCGAGUGGCGCCGUCGAGGCGGCGGGCCAUGACGCGGCCGCGGGCCCCGCGGAGGGCGAGCCCAGCGCCCGUCCGGAGUCCCCUGCCGCGGCGUCGGCUGGCUCGGCCAGCUCGAAGAAGAAGUCAAAGAAGAAGAAGAAAGCUGGCGCGAGCGGCAGUCCUCCGGCACACAUCCCCGCUGACACUGCUGCAUCGCUUGACGCCGAGGAGAAGAGCAGCGGCGCGACGAGCUGCCCAUCUCCGUCCCGCGCGUCUCCUUCUUGGCCAGUCGCGGCGGGCGCGCCGGGCUCUCCGGUCGCUUGCGAGAGGUCCUCGUCUUCGCUGGAUCACAGCACGCGCGUAUUUCUGUCUUGGCUCAAGUUUCCCAACUUUUUUCCGUCGACCGACGAGAUGGUCACGCAGCGCGCGCACCACGCCAUGCGCGUGGUGCUGGACAGCAGCCGCAGCGGGCUGACGCCGGGCGAGGCUGCGGCCGGCGGGCGGGGCGGGACGAUCGGCUGCUGGCGCAUGACGAAGGAGAAAUUCAACUGGCACACCACGCUCCUCACCUCCGCCGCGGUCGAGGCCGUCCGCGACUCCUUCGCCGACCUCACGCUCGACGUCUGGCACAGCUGCUUCUACGGUGCGGCUGCGCAGGCCGCCGGCACCAAGUGCGCUAGCAGAGAGCGACUCGAACAGCUCCUCAUCGCGCUCCUCGGCAACAACGACCCGCUCAUUCGCCUCGAAGCCGUCAAACUCCUCAACGCCUUUUACGACCGACACGACUGGCAGCUGCGCCAACCCUUCGUUCCCCUCAUCAAAAACGUGGCCGACCGUUUCGUCCUGAGCGUCCUCAUCGAGGUUUCGCGGCCCUGCGCGUCUGCCGCGGAGGAAGCCUCGCCGCCUACGGACGUUUUCGCCAUCCUCGCGGCGCCGUCGUUCAACCGCGCGAGCUCGACGGAGAUCUACUCGUACCACUCCUUCUCGUGGACGCUUCUGCAGUCCUUGCCCCCCACUGCGCACGGCGCGGAGACAGCGCCUCACACUGGCGAGAGCCAGGCGGCGGGCCCCAAGCUCGUUCGGAGACAGCGGUGGCUGGGCACCGCCGACUUUGGCCUCUUCACGCGCUGCGGCUUCUACGACUGGCGGAUCUGCAAAGCGAAAGAGAGCGACGGGUCGUGGUGGGUCGUCGAGCGCGCCGUCUCCUACGACUCACACAGGAGCGCGGCCUUCCCCACGGCGUCGGCGGCCGUCCUCUCUGCGCCGCUGGCGGUCGCUGAGGCCCUCCAGAGCCCGGCGCGGUCUCCGCCCGCGCAGGAGACGCCAGAGGCGCGCCUGCAGCGCAGAGCCGCGGAAGGGCCCGUCGGCGCGGCUGCGGCGCGCGCCGCAGCUGCUGCACUCGCGGCGGCGUUCCCCAUGCGGCCGCGGAAGUCUCCGCAUGCGCGCACGAGGCGAUUUGACGGGCAGCGACACCUCGAGGCCGGCGGCGUGGGGACGCGUGCGCAGUACCCCGAAGGCGAGCGGAAGAAAUUGCUGGACGAGUGCAUUCCUCUCCAGGGUCGCGUGGUGGUCCUGCCGAAAGACAGCCGGCAGCUGCAGCUCCACGAGGUCUUCGUCGACGCCCACGAAGCUCAGUGGGACGAGGAAACAGGGAAAGUCACGCAGCGCGGAAAUUUCGCAUGCGUGGCGGAGGCCUUGCCGACGCUCGCGAACGCGGGCGUGACGGCGACGCUGGUCACCGGGGCGAUGGAGAGAGACUGCGGCGACAUGGUGUACGAUGCGGAAGGCAAUUUUGACUAUGCGAACCCCGACGCGAGCCCCUUCGCCUCCGUCUGUCGGGCCUCGCCCUGCGCGCUCCUUGGAGGCGUUGGCGGCUUUAUGGAAGUUAUGCAGGAGGCGCGACGAGUCGGCAUGAAGAUCCUGGUGCAAAUGUCGAACGGCGUCUCCGCGGCGCACCCCCAUCGUCGCUACGCGCCGCAUCUUCUGCACUUCGAGGAUGCCGACGGGAAGAAGCAGAUCCUCUACGGCGGAGAAAACAGGGGGGUCCUUCCACAGGAGACUGCCAUCCUGAACCACCGGAAGCUUGAAACGUGGCAGCUGUUCGUCGACGACGUCAAGAUGUGGGUCAAGAAGUUUGGGAUUGACGGCGUGAGGAUUGCCAACGCGCAGGAGCUUCCGCAGAUGCUGGCGACCGACGCGGCGGCUCUCAGCCGAAAAGAUGCGGACGGGCAGUUCCACUACGCGGCGCCGCAUAUCAUCAUGGGAGAGGUUGUCGUCCCGCACAGCAGCUCGUUCGGCGGAUACUGGAGCCUGGCGUCGCUUGCGAGCUCGGGCUUGUCGCCGAGCGCCUCGUUUCGCAGCGCCGCGUCGGUCCUCGCGGUGCCCGCAUUCCUCGACUACGCGAACCCGUUUUACGUGAAGCUGUGUCGCAGCGUGUGGCUGGAGAGCCCCGAGUUUUUGUUCAUCGGCGAGUGCUGGACUGAGCUGCAGCAGCUCGCGCAGCUUCAAGAGCUGCAGGGCUCGGGCGCGUCCCGGGGGUCGAGCUUCCUCCUUCCAGGUGGCUCCACGGGCUUGCAUAGCGCCGCCCACGACGCCUCACUCGCGACCCACGUGACGGAAUUUUCUGUCGUUCCUUCGCUGCUCAUCACCAGCGGCAUAGUUCCGCAAAUGCAGCUCCUUCCUUCCGUCCUCCCCGCUGUGCUCGGGAAGAAGCAGCCGGUGAUUCCCGUCUGCCCGUCUCAGCGUGGUGACGAAGGAGCGCUGCGGCAGGCGCAGCUGCGUACGCCGCCUCUCUCGCUGCCGCCUCGAUCGCUCUUCUCGGCGCUCUUUGCGAUGCACCACAACCUGCCUAGAGGCGCCUUCCUUCUUCAGGCGUCUUGCACCCCUGCGUCGCCUCUGCCUGCUCUUGUCUACGGCCGCGCAGCCUGGGCGGCGGUGGAUCUUCUCAUGCUGCUACCGGACAUCCCUUGCACAUUCGCGGGAGAGAUGCAAGGCUCGGCCUGCCGUCUCGGCGUGCCGAACUUCUUUGCAACGGAUGGCGGCAACGUGGCGCGCCUGAGAGCGGCGCACCACGCGGGCGCAGGUGCGGCGGGCGGCCCUGGAAAGCUUCACAUUAUGCAGCACCCUGGCGGCGAUUUGGCAACAUUCUUCCGCAGUUACUCGCGCAUUGGGCUGGGUCAGGUCGGCGACAUCGGUGGAGCGGGAUCCCCCUACAGAGGCCCGCCAGCUCUCCAGCGCAUGCGCGGCGGAGGCGCCAAGCCCGAGGUGAUUCGCGGCGGAUACACUCGAUAUCCGGCAGGUGGCGCCAUCGACGCGCACACCACGCCUCGCAGCGAGACGCGUGAAGGCGCGUCGACGCCGGGGAAGCCAGAGGACAGGAGCGACGGCGAAGAGGCUUGGCCGCCGAACUCCACGCUGCCCGUCCUCGAGCGCGUUCGGCUUCUAGACGGGUUCGAAAGCAUUCGCCAGAUGCCCGCACUCGAGCAGGAGGUGCAGGAGGCGGUGCUUGGCUCUCGCGAUGACGGCACAGAAGGCAGGUUUGACCUGAAAAGCAUUCACCGCCACUACGCGGCUCGCCGCAAGCUGAGGAAGAAAGAGCCCUGCCUGCACAGGGGCCGCGCCAUCCUUGUCGACGUACGCAACCCCGACGGGCACAGCCUGACAAAGGCGCACCGCGUCUACGAAGAAUGGCCUGAGGCCGCUGCCAACUGCGACCCUUCGCUGCCUGCGCAGGCCGCGGCGGCGGCAGCCUGUCGGCGUUUGCUUCACGCAGACCCGGCGGGCGAGUCGUCGGAGGCGCGCUACGAGCGGCAGCACUCGGCGCUCGCGGGCGACUUAGAUGAAGAAGACGAAGCAGAUGAGCGCGAGCUUCUCGAGGCGGAAGAAGACGCGCUGGCGGAGCACGCAGAGGGCGACGAGCGCGUGAUCGCCUUCGUGAGGUUCGACGACGAGCGAAUCCGCGAGCAGGUGCGGCAGUGCGCGCAGCUGGCGGCGGCCCUGGCGUCCUCGAAGCCGUUGCAGAGCGACCGCAGCGAGCCGAGCCGCGCCGCGGCGCAGCGCGACAGCCGCUAUGACGGCUGGGGGAGCGCGGGCGAAGAAAGGCGAGCGGGAAGGAGCGGAGAAGCCCCGCGGAAGAUCGACGAGGAGAAAGAGACCUGCCACGGGCACUCGCUGGUGCUGGUCGUGACGAACCUGUCUGACAAGCCACUGCACGACAAGAGCGUCUCGCUCCGCGCCCUGGGCGUGGCCUUCCGCCAGCACCGAAUCAAGCACUGGCGCUUCGUGCUGCAGAUGUGCGACUUGCUGGCAUGUACCUGCGAAACGAGCCUGGAGAAGUUUCUGAAAGCCCACCACCACUGCCAGCCGUCUUCGUUCGCCGCGUGCGCGUCGGGCGACGCGGCCUUUUCAAGCAUUCUUCCAAACGUGGUUUCGAUUGAGGAGCUUCUCUCCGAGCCGUUCCUGCUGCCGGAGAUCCCCCCGUACUCGUCGCUGCUUCGCGGCUUCACUCUCCUCCCUCUCUCUGCGCCUUCCCAGGCCCUCGCGCCCGCGCUCGGCGCGGCGGAUGCCUCCGCAGGGCGGGCGCGGGCAGCUGAGGCCGUGCCGCGGAUGCCUUCGCUGUAUCCCUCCCUCUUCUGCUGUUCGCUGCUUCGCCUCCAGGGCUUGCUGCGGCGGCUGAUUCACCAGCGGCCACUGGCUGCGCUCGCGGCGAGCGUGCGAGGCGCUGCACACGGCCCAGGGGUCGCCGAGGGCGCGGACUCGCUGCUGCCUUUGGCUCUGAAGAGGACACGGAGCCGGCGCGCACUCACGCGCGGCAACGUGAUUCUGCACAUUCUGCGGCAAGUCGCGGGCGAUCCAGAGCUCUUCCUGGCCGCCACGCAGAAGGGCGACCGGGGGAGCGCGUCGGAGGCGGAGCUUGACCUGCUCGCAGAGUUCCUGCAGGAGCUCGCGUUCGCGCUGCGGUACCGCGAACACUUUUUGAAGGAAAAGCGGGCGCGCCAGAGCCUCGAGGACGACGGCGCCUCCGGCGAGGUCCACGAAGAGGAACGACCCAGCGCGUCUCUGUCGCUCUUCAGCAUCUGCUCAGACAGCCAAAUCUUUGAACGAAACGAGGAGUUAGCUUGCACGUUCAUGGCGCGUCUGAAGCGUCUGGUCGCCGGCAAGUCGGCGCCUCCUCCGAUGCAGGACGGUGGCGAACCGGCGCCGGAGGAGGCUUCGCCUGCCAUUGCCCUUGCGACAGAGGUUCUUGAAAAGAAUUCUUUGGGCGCAAUCUGCUUCGUCACGCCGGAGCUGGGGCGGUGGUCGACUGUGGGAGGCCUCGGCGUCAUGGUGGACGAACUCUCCACGACUCUCGCCACGGAGCUCGGUCAAGAGGUUUGGGUCGUCUCGCCCUACUACGACCGCAACAGGAAAGGCGAACAGAACUACCUCGCCCGCGACGGCAUUUUCCACGCGUUCAACGUCACUGUCAACGUCGGCGGCGAAUCCAUCACGCUCGGCGUCCACACUGGCUCAGUCGUGCCUGGCGUGAAGCUGUUCUUCCUCCACUGCGCGUCGGUCUUCCCGCACAUCUACCCCGACGUGUACGGCCUCGAGCAGAUUCGCUUCAUCGUCACGUUCGCGAAGGCCACGCUGGAGAUCUUUUGUCAUCUCCGCCAGAUCCCGCCACUGGUCAUCACGAAUGACUGGCCUACCUGUUUGAUUCCGGCGUACGCGAAGCGGCGCUUCUUCGGCAGCGUCUACGACUCGACGACAUUCUACCACAUCAUCCACAACCUAGACUCCACCUACGAAGGUCGCAUUUACCUGAACAAGCGCGAAGACGUGUAUUGGCUCCACGGCCUCCCGACAGACCUCCUCGUGGAUCCUCACUGGCACAAUUUUGUCAUCAAUCCUUCUCGGUGCGUCCUCCUCCAGUGCGACGGCUGGGGCACGGUCUCGCCGUCGUACCGCGAUGAGCUGAUGGGCGAGCACGGUCAGACCAACGCGUCGCCGCUCGCGCCGCUGCUGCGCCGCCACCACCAUCCCUUCGCGACCCCCAACGGCAUUCCCAUCAAGCUUCGUCUUGAGCGUCUGAAGAAUCUUGGCUUCCGCAGCCACUGGGAGGCGAAGGCGGCGCUCCAGCGUCACUACUUCAAAUUCGAGAAGGGCGACGACUCCAUUCCUCUGCUCGCUUUCAUCGGGCGCAUUACUCAGCAAAAGGGAGUGCAUCUCAUCGUGGAGCUCGCGGAGAACCUGAUUCGCCGCUACAACGGCCGCGUGCAGAUCCUCGUGGGCGGCAUGGCGAACUGGAAAGACGGCUACGCGGCGAGGUGUGCGAAUCAAAUGCUCGACCUUCGCGCGCGCUUCCCGCACUCCUUCUGGGCGGACCCUGGCGAAUUCUUCUCAAACGGAGCGCUUGUGAACCUUGGAGCGGAUUUCGGCCUCAUGCCGUCGCUCUUCGAGCCUGGAGGCAUCGUGCAGCACGAAUUCUUCAUCGCAGGCACUCCCGUCAUUGCAUUCAGGACUGGAGGCCUCAAAGACACCGUGCGCGAGGGCGGCAUGCUCUCGGGAGCUCUGGCGGGCGCGUCUGUCUCCGUCGAAGCUGCAAGGCAGAAUAACGGUUUCACCUUUGACGCGUACACCGCUGGAGAUUUCCUCUUCGCCAUUGAGCGAGCGCUGCGUCUCUUCAGCGAUCGAGCCAAGUACGAGCAGCUGCGGCUGAACGCGCGGGCGUCGGUCGUUUCCUGCGAGGAGAGCGCGCGCGCGUGGCUCGGCGAAUUCGCCCGCCUGCGGAAGAAAAUCCCUGUCAACGAAAAGCGGGUUCAGGAGAUUUUCCACUCUCUGCCCGAGUGGUCAGAAGCGAGCUGGCGGCAGCGGCGCGCAGCGAACGCGCGAGAGGCCUCGCUGUUCCGCUCGUCGAUUGCGGCCGCGUCUGCGCCCGCUGCGGCGCCGAAGCCGGCAGCGGGGACGGUGAUUGACUCGCUUCCCCGUGGUCCCGUGCCCACGUCCCCCUUCCCGCCGGCGACGCUCCUCGAGCUCCUGCAGCUCAGCGAGCGCCGCGCCUUCGCCGAGGGCAGUCGCGAGCGCGCCGCGCACGAGCCCGACGUGGAGACUGCAGCCGCACCGGAGGAGGGAAGCCUCGCGGGCGCCGCUGAGGCGGCGGGCGCGGGCGCGAAGCGCGAGUCGGCCGGCGACGCGCGAGAAGCGGGGGGCGGCGACCGCAGCAACGCCGGUCUGCAGCGCGCCCACGGGAGUGCACUGAGGCCUCAGAGCACGCUUCUGAUCCCCUGCAGGAUCAAAUACACGCCCGAGCCUGGAAAGCCGAGGCCGCGAACCGUCGCCGUCGCAGGGUCGUUUGACGACUGGCAUGUCCGCCGGCCUCUCGUUUGGGACAACGCCCUGCAGGCCUUUGUGAUUUCACUCGCGCUGCGCCCUGGGAAGUAUUUCUACAAGCUCGUAGUCGACGGAGAAUGGGUGUGCGUUGCGGAUGCGCCGAAGCACAGGGACGCCUCUGGCAACGAAAACAACUUGCUUCACGUCGUUUAA